AGACAUUUACACCGCCUGUUAAGUUGGCACAAGUUAAAUUUCAUUCACAUUGUGUUUGGAGAAAACUUGGUAUUCACUUCCAAAUAAUGGCAUAGUCGAAUACAAUUUUUACUUGAGGAGUUAAUUCCUUUCAAACAUCUGGUGAUUAGAUUCUAUGAUCACCAUGUCUUGUGGAACUAGGUUCCUACUUUUAACUAUUUUGUCACUGGCACUGCCAUACAAUGCUUUUGGAUUCCUCCCGUUAUCGGUGAAGGAGCACUACUUUUCCGAUGCGUUGUUGCGCGAAAUCGUCGACCGCAUGGGAAAGGAUUUGAUUGACCCAACUGACACCUAUAUUGACCCCAUGGCCGAUAUUCCUUCCCAUUUGGCUUUGAUGGCUCGAGCUUCUGACGAUCUGGAAGCCGAGCAAAUGGACUACGAUGCUUUGCUAGAUGGUAAUCCAAAUCCUUCUCUCAGGGACCAGGAAUACCUGCAGCACAGUUCAUUGUGGGGUCAUCAAUUUGUGACUGGCGGCGGUGAUGAAGGUCCACACCGCUCCAAGGCCCACAUCAAAACCGAUGCAACUCUACCAGCUUACUGCAAUCCUCCAAACCCCUGUCCCUACGGAUACACCGAGGAUCAAGGAUGCAUUUCGGAUUUUGAAAACACUGCAGCUUUUAGCCGGGAAUACCAAACGGCCCAGGAAUGCAUGUGCGAUGGUGAACAUAUGUUUGACUGCCCCAGUGAAGACACCAGCGAGGACACACGUCCAUUGGCUUCCAAUUUAAAGACACUCUUGGCUAGACAAUUCCAUCCAUCCGAGCACAAGAAUCUCGUAUCAAAAAAGUUCCACCCCCAAAACGAAAACCUAAACCCAUACCUUCAGGGCGAUAAACUACCAGUUGCUGCUAAGAAAGGAAGUAACGUAUACUAAAGUCGGUAAUCCGCAACAAUCAUGAAAAUUUAGUAUGUAUUACUAUAAAUGUAUUUUAAUAACAAAUAAUCAAAGUUCAUUCAAUUUUAAAAAUUUUAAAAUAAAAUAAAAUCAAAAAAACCAAACACAUAUGCUUAUAAAAUACAUAAAUAUUAUCAACUUACAUUAUUUAAAAUAAAAAUUAAAUAAUUUAAAAUGGAAUAAUAAUAAAUAACAAAUAAUAAUAAUAACAAAAAAAAAAUGUCACUGUCACUGAUGAAACCUUAAUGAAUAUAAAAUUUUAACGGAAUAUAACAUUGUAGUUGCAAAAAAACAAAAAUCAAGAAAAACAUUACUACUUUAAUUAUAUUACACAUAUAUGUAUAACAAAACUGUUUAUCAAUUAUUAUUAUUAUAUAAAUGUAUUACGAAUUUUAGAAAUUCUACCUAUAAUGAAAAACAAAACCACUAUUCAUGUAAACCAUAUAACAAGCAUACAUAAAUGUAAUAAACAAACUAUAUAAUUAAUAAUG